UUGUUCGGCACGAUUUGUCGCAAAAUAACAACACAAAAUGACCAACAACGAUUUUAAUCCGGAUAAUCUAUCGUUUCUACUACCAGUUUACUACAGCAGACUCUUCCCGUACAGCCAAUUCCACAAAUGGUUAAGUUACGGCAAUCCAUCGAAUUUCCAAAAACGCGAGAUCUCCUUCACCCUGCUGGGCGACGUGUACAUUCGCUACCAAUCGUUCGACGACGAAGCCGAAUUCGCCGGGCAAUUGUGCAAGAAAAUCCCGGUGAAAAUCGACAUCGGGGCCGUCUACAGCACCAAGCCCAAACAGCGGCGGUUGAACACCCAAAUAACGCCGGUGGAGAAGGAAAUCGUCUUCGACAUCGACAUGAACGACUACGACGAGGUGAGGAACUGUUGCUCGGGCGCCGAGGUGUGUCCGAAGUGCUGGAAAUUCAUGGUAAUCGCCUGUCGGAUUCUGGACGGGGCGCUCGAGGAGGAUUUCGGUUUCAAGCACAAGCUGUGGGUGUUCUCGGGCAGGAGAGGUAUACAUUGUUGGGUGUGCGAUAAGGAAGCGAGGAAAGUGAACGAGGAGGUUCGAAUGGCUUUGGUGGAGUACUUGAACGUGAUCAAAGGUGGAGUCAAUGUGAACAAGAGAGUCAGUUUACCCGGUGAUAAGAUACAUACUUCGAUCAUGAGAGCUUUGAAAAUUAUCAACGAAUAUUUCGAUGUUAUCGUAGAAGAGCAGGAUAUAUUCGGUAGCGAGGAGAGGUUCAACAAUUUCCUGCAAAUAAUCGAUGAAGAUUUGAGGCAUUCGAUCAAGAACGCCAUGAAACGGGGGGAAACUUCCGCGGAGAAAUGGAGUAUAUUCGAAACUACGUUCGAUGAUAUGCUAAGAAAAGAUGCCGUUCCGAAGCAUCUGAAGAAUCUCAAAGAAGAAAUUAAGCUGCAAUACGCUUAUCCUAGAUUAGAUGCAAAUGUAUCGAUCGGUAUGAAUCACUUGUUAAAAUCUCCAUUUUGUGUUCAUCCGAAAACUGGAAAAAUCUCCAUACCGUUUUCCAUAAACGAGCUAAACGAGUUUGAUCCGAAUAACGUUUGCACUAUCCAGGGUAUAAUUGAAGAUAUUGAUCAGUAUGAAAUAAAGUCGAAGGAAAUUAAAAUGGAAACCGAGGAAGAGGAUGCCAAACCGCAGAAGGUUAAGGAUUACGAGAAGACGAGUCUGUUGAGCGCAAUUCGAGUGUUUGAGCAAUUUCUGGACGAACUGGAUAAGGAUAAUCGUUCGAGCGAUCAAGGUAAUGGUGUCGAUUAGUUUCGUUAAUUUGAUUUAAAAUCAAGUUUGAAUUUGUGGGGUCUCUUACGCCGACGUUAUGCAGUGGCAUCAUUUUUGACAGUUCUUCUUUUUUUACAAUGUGAUGAUUGAAAGUGGUUUUUGUUCAAAUUUGCAAGAGUAUUCGUUUGGAUAUAAUUAGAUUUAUAUUGAAGGCCAUGGCGUCGAUUAGUUUCCUUAGUUUUUUCUAAAAUCGUUUGUGUUGUCGGUCUUUUAUAUAGACGUUGUUCAGUCGCACCAAGUUUGAUAUUCUUCUUUCUUUAUUAUUUGUCAUUUGGUCCAAACGUCAAUGAGUUUUUGAUCAUAGUCAAAAUAGAAGACAACUUUCUUCUUCUAUAUUGUUGAUAUUUAAUUGUUCAUAAAUAUUUAUUUGUAAAUAAUUACAUUUUAAAUUGUCUUAUCUAACCUAGUUUGUAUUUGUUGGCCUCUUAUACUAAAAUACUAACGCAACAAUUUAGACAGUUGACAUUUGUAUUCUUCUUUUUUAUAGUUUGACAUUAGC